UUGCCACUGACAGAGACUCCAUCCACGCUGACUGAUGCUCAAGAACCCCUGAUUGCGCAUUUACAUUUCGCAGGUUUUACGCUCAUACAAAAUGAGGGCCUUUAUUUCGACAGUGUUGUGGGUAAUAUCACUACCCUGCUUGGAAGCUAUCCACGGAUUAUACAAUUUCGGCCAGCAUGAUUUAUUCUACAAAAAGAACAACUGCAAGGCGAUUCCUGCAAACCUCCUGCUGUGCCACGAUAUAGAGUACACAGAGAUGCGCCUCCCGAACCUGCUCGGACACGAAACCAUGAAUGAAGUUCUGCAGCAAGCUUCGUCUUGGAUCCCGCUGAUUCAGAAGCAAUGUCACCCCGACACAAGGAAGUUCCUCUGCUCCCUGUUCGCGCCCGUGUGUCUGGAUGACCUGGACGAGCCCAUCCAGCCGUGCAGGUCUCUGUGCGAGAGCGUCAGGAACGGCUGCGCGCCCGUUAUGUCCGCGUUCGGCUUCCCUUGGCCAAAGAUGUUGGAAUGCGAGCGCUUCCCACUGGACAAUGACCUGUGCAUCCCGCCUGCUGGGGCCGAGAACCUCGUGCCAGCCACUAAAGAAGUGCCAAGAGUGUGCGAUGCUUGCAAGGAAACAGAUGAAAAUGACAACGAAAUUGUGGACAACCUGUGCAAGAAUGACUUUGCUCUAAAGAUCAAGGUUAAAGAGAUCUCCUACAUCAACGGUGACACCAAGAUAGUGCCGGAGAACAAGAGCAAGACCAUCUACAAGCUGAAUGGGGUGACGGAGCGAGACCUGAAGAAGACUGUGCUGUGGCUGAAGGACGGCCUGCAGUGCAUCUGUGAGGAGAUGAACGACAUCCACGCUGCCUACCUGGUCAUGGGCCAGAAGCUGGACGGCCAUCUGGUCAUCACCUCUCUGAAGCGCUGGCAGAAGGGACAGCGAGAGUUUAAGAGGAUUUCCCGCAGCAUCCGCAAGCUACAGUGCUAAGAAGGAAGAAACUGCAUGUGUCACUGUUGAAGAAAUGGUUUGGUUGAGCUCUUUUCUAAUUAUCUCUCUCCAGGUCUCACAAAAGUAGCUAUUAUGGUUCAUAGAUUCCUAUUUAGAGUCUAGCAUGGACAUUGGACAUAGAAACAAACCAUUGUCUGUGUUUCACAUUGGUUUAUAGUUUUAAAUGCUCAAUAUCUAAGCAAUUUAUAGCAUAUCUGCUGGCUAAACUCUAUAAUUAUAAUUCCUAUAAAUGUAAUGUUCUGAAAGGUUUAAUUCCCAUAUACACUCAAACUAAAUUCAUCAAAAAGGCCUCAAUAUUUUUGAAAAGCACACAUGGCUAAAUUCCACAGCCAUGACUUUUGACACAAUUAUAUCUAGUACACACUAUUACAGUGAGUAGGUAUGAAGUCCCUAACCCUAACCCUAACUUGUAUAAAUGUAAGGUUUUUGUUUUCCUCCAAUGACUCCCAUUCAUUUUGCGCAUAUUAGGCGCCCCUUAGUGGCCAUUUUUAAAGUGCUGUGUGUUUUCAUGGGGAGCUGAAUUUGCUGUCACCUCAUUAUUACACUCAGCUGAUGUGCAAGGUGUAAUACAAUCACUAAUUACACGGUUAGAGAGGAAGCUAGCAGCGCUUUAAAUCCAGGAUUAAAAUGAUGGACUCACAGGCAGAUGUGUCUUACUGGUAAAUCCUACAAGAGGGGUGAGUUUAGAAAAUGAUAAUACAACUUUUUUGUUCAUGGGGCAUUCCUCCAACAAGGGUUGAAUCAUUAGCAGUCCUCUGCUUAGGAACAUUCAAAACACCUUAAAGGUAAACAAAAUACACACAAUCACAAAGGUCAAGAAACAGUAACCCAUGGUAAAUUAAAGUGAACUCUGGUAAGAUGUUUGGGGGAACUGAAUUGUUCCUACAAAAACGUUAUUCGCAUCUAUUUUGCAACUAUUGUCUAUCAUAGUUCUACAAAAACAAAACUGAUUGAUAUUGUUUGUGGCAUAUUGAGUGAAGUUGGAUCCCUGUGUGCGUAGUGUGAUGUUCAAAGACAAACAAUAACGUGUAUGCUUUUGUAUGACCGUUUUCUCAAGCAAAAAUGAGAGAUAGCUGGCUAUAUUCUCUUCCUGUUCAACAUUUUAAUACUCUUGGUUAUCUUUUUGUACUUGAGCUACUGCAUAGUUUUCUACAAUCGUAUGACAAAACAAAUAUUUUUCUAUUUCAGACUUUCAUAUUUCAUUUAAACUAUUAUGUCGGAUUGCAUCUUCAUCCUGUUGUUUGGUGAGUGACACAAGUUGGUUUAUAUGUACUAUUAGAGGAUGUUUUUGGUUGGUAGUGUUGAUUUGAUGAGAAGUUACUUGUUAGGCACUAAUAAUCAAGUGGUUGUGUGUGUGUAUAUGCAAUGUAAAGUAUUUUCCAAAAGUAUUACUGUGUAAAUAUCAAAUACUUCCUUUUAUUCUUGUGUAAAGUUUUUAGCAAUUAAAAGCUGCCUACAUGUUU